AGCACGCGAAGCCUACACUGGAACCUGGAAUCGAAGCAUCGGGUUGACCCCUCAACCUCCGCGACAACGACAGGUUCGAUCAUUCAACGACAUUUGAGUGAGACACCAUAUACGGGCGCAUUUAAUACCUCUAUCUAGCCGCAUUCCCUACACGUCGCAUUCCUGCGGCGCAAUCAUCAUGCCGAUCGUCAAGCAGCACGAGAAGCACGAUGCGAAGCGCAAGCUGGACGAAAACGCUGGAUCAGAGGCGAAGCGCGUCAAGAGCGAAGGUACGAGGGUCUCGGAGGCUCCAGACGGUCCGGUGAAGACGAAAGCACUAUUCAGAGAAUCCAAAGCGGUGAUCGAAGAGCGCAACGGCGAAAUAGAGUUUCGCGUUGUGAACAACGACGGCACGCGGGAGAGCACAAUCAUCCUGUCAGGUCUCAGAAACAUAUUCCAGAAACAGCUGCCCAAGAUGCCGCGGGAUUAUAUUGCGCGCCUAGUCUACGAUCGCACCCACUUGUCCAUGGCCAUCGUCAAGAAGCCGCUCGAGGUCGUCGGAGGCAUUACGUACCGGCCGUUUAAGGGACGGCAGUUUGCGGAAAUUGUCUUCUGUGCCAUAUCGGCGGACCAGCAGGUUAAGGGCUACGGUGCGCAUCUCAUGUCACAUCUCAAGGACUAUGUGAAGGCGACCUCCGACGUGAUGCACUUUCUGACCUACGCCGACAAUUAUGCUAUCGGCUACUUCAAGAAACAAGGCUUCACCAAGGAGAUUACGCUGGAAAAGAAAAAGUGGAUGGGGUACAUCAAGGAUUACGAGGGUGGUACGAUCAUGCAGUGUUCUAUGAUCCCGAGGAUCAGGUAUCUGGAGGUCAGUCGCAUGCUGGCUAAGCAGAAGGAGGCCGUCAACGCGAUGAUCCGGGCCAACUCCAAGUCCCAUAUCGUGCAUGCGCCGCCAAAGGAGUUCAGGAACGGCCCGUGCAAGAUCGAUCCAUCCUCGAUCCCCGCGAUACGGGAUGCAGGCUGGUCACCAGAGAUGGACGAACUCGCUCGACAGCCCAAGCACGGACCCCACUACGCGCAACUGCUCCACCUUCUUUCCGAGAUGCAGAACCACCAUUCUGCCUGGCCAUUCCAGAAACCAGUCAACGCCGAAGAAGUGCCCGAUUAUUAUAACGUCAUAACCGAGCCGAUGGAUCUGGAGACCAUGGAAAAGCGUCUGGAAGAAGAUGCUUACGCUACACCCGACGACUUCGUCAAAGAUGCGAAGCUGAUCUUCACCAACUGUCGCAAGUACAAUAAUGAAACGACUUCGUACUGGAAGAACGCCAACAAGCUGGAGAAAUUCAUGUGCUCAAAGUUGCGUGAGAUUCCCGAGUGGUCGCAUCUUGCCGACUCGUGAUCGUGAUCGUGAUCAGGGUUCCCUAGAUGAUGUACUCUAUGUAGCCCCCCAUAGUGCUCUACUUUAGAUCAUUUAGAUCAAGUGAAGGAUCGGUCUGUUUUCUUUGGAGGUCAUUUUUUUACAGCGUGUAGGCAGCGUGGUGGCGUGGUGGCGUUCAUAGGUUCACUCUUUACAAUUGUUUGUUGGGUCUCUGUCUCCUGGUCCGGGGGGCAAGUUUAAUGUUU